ACAAUUGGUAUCAGAGCAAGGACUCCAAUUUGAAGGUUUAACCACCUAGGCGUUGAUCGGGAAUGUCUCAAUUUCUAUCUUCUCAACCACUUGAAGGUUUGUCUACCACUAAGCCUCCUUUCUUUGAUGGUACUAAUUAUAAUUAUUGGAAGAAUAGGAUGAAGGUCUUCAUGCUUGCAAAUGUGCCCAAGGCAUGGGUUGUGACUAUGAAAGGUCCAUAUGUACCUAUGAAAAUUGUUGGAGAAAGAGAGGUGCCAAAGGAAAAGAUUGAUUGGAAUGAUGAAGACUUGGAGAAGAUCAUGAUCAACAACAAGGCAAUUAGUAUGCUUCAAUGUGCUCUCAAUCCAACGGAGUAUCAUAGAGUCUCCGGGUGUGAUAUGGCUAAGGAGAUGUGGGACAAGCUAAAAGUCACUCAUGAAGGAACAAGCCAAGUAAAGGAGUCAAAAAUCAAUAGACUCAUUUACAUGUAUGAGCUUUUCAAGAUGAAACCGGAGGAGAGCAUUCAAGAUAUGUAUACAAGAUUGAAUGAUAUAGUCACCAAUCUCAAGGUUCUUGGUAAAGUCUAUCCUCCUCAAGAAGUGGUGAGAAAGGUUCUUAGAAGCUUGCCUAAGAGUUGGGAAGCCAAGAAGACCGCAAUUGAAGAAUCCAAGGAUCUCAACACUCUCAAGCUUGAAGAUCUCAUUGGAAAAUUGAUGACAUAUGAGAUAGAGGUUCAAGGUGAUGGUGGAAUUGAAAUAGUUGAGAAGAAGAAGAAGGAUGUUGCAUUCAAGAAGAACAUCAAGAGCAAGAUUGCAAGAAGAGAUGAAGGAGAAUCUACCAAAAAAAGUGUGAAAUGCUAUGAAUGCAACAAGAUGGGGCACUAUAGAACUGAAUGCCCCAAAUUGAAGAAAGGUGAGAAGAAAGACAAGAAAAGCAUGAAGAAGAAAGCAUUUGCUGCCACUUGGAGUGAUGAUGAGACUAGCUCAACGGAAAGUGAAAGCUCCUUGGAGAAAGGGGGAGUUUAUUGGUUGAUGACUGUAUUCAUGACUUUGGUUGUCUAUGGUGCUAUAUUGAUGAUGAUUGAUGAUUAUAUUCAUGACAUAUUCUUGAUGCUUUAAAGGUUGAUAGCAUGAAUUAAGGGGGAGCAUUUUGUGCUUAAAUUACUUCUCUUAAUGGUUAUCAUGCUUAAAUGCUUUAAAGAUUGAUGUGCAUGAAUUAAGGGGGAGUUUGUUGAUUAUGUGCUUUUUGAUGAAUGACAAAAAGGGGGAGAGAAUAUGUUGAAUUUAAUGUCAUUUUCUAGAGUACCUUGUGCUGAAAUUCUAG